CUGGUCCUGGCUAUGCCUGUGCUCCAGGGUCAUACGGGGCUGUGCAAUGGCCAGAAGUGCCUGCUCUGAUGGAGGCAAGUCUCUGACAAGCCCCAGAGGCUGGGGCUUUGGGCAUGUGGCUUUGAUGCUGCUAUAUUUUAGGAACACUUAUUUAGUGAAAUGCCUGCUCUCGCUCUGGUGCAGCUUUCCUCUUGCCAGAAGAGGAUUUCAAAGUACACAUGGGUCUUGUACAGGGACAGGAAGCAUUUUAUCCUGCGUGGACUCAGGCUUGUGCAGGCUGCUGUACCUACAUGGAACAUGAGUGAGCCACAUCAGAUGCACAUACCUCACAGUUUGUCUGCUCCCUGCCAGCUUUGGGAGGGAGGUGUGCUUUCCCAGGGCUCUGUCCUUGGUGCCCUUAUCUUCCCUGCCUGCGUUAUCUCUGCCUAAGCCCAUCUGCAAACAGGAAUUCGGGUGCUGUCUCGUGCCAGCGACACAUCUGUGCUGCCGCUCCGCUCCUGGCAGAGACUGUGUGUCCGGUGGCUCUGCUCAGCUGGGGGCUGCAGCCCCUGCCCUCGGCCAGCGUCUUGCUUUUCCUGGAGCACUGUGCUGCGUGGCACCAUGGAGUGCGGUGCAAAGAUCUUUCUGAAAUUAUCCAGCAUUACCCAAGCAUCCCUGGAGCUGGCUGGGGAACUGGAGAGGACACAGAGUUGGGAAUUUGAAUGCUUUUCGCUCGAGGAGGAUGACCUGAACUUAACGUCGCUGGAUGCAGAAACCAUCUUGGAGGCUGAAGAGAUCCUGGGGACGAUGCAGAACUAUCUCGACUCCUCUGUGAUCUCCAUCAUCGAAGACCUCUCUCUGAGCGAGCAGAGCAAGGCCUGCCUGGAUGCGCAGAACGAGCUGUCCCUGCUGACUGCCAUCACUGAGAUCCUGGACAGCACGGAUGAUGAGACCCUGUCUCCCUUUGACACCAUCAUGGAUGCAGAGCUGCUGACCUCACCUCGGGAACGGGAGAAUCCCUCGUUUCAGAAGUUUCUCAGCUUAUCCCGUCCAUCGCUGGAGUGUGACAGCCCUGCCCUUGAGCAGCCCAAGGCUCUCAGGUCUCUCGGCAGCAGCAGCAGCGUCUCUGUGGUUGGGAAGACCGACACAGACCUGGCUCGGGACCGUGCUGCUCACAGCCUCGAGGACCCGGUGCUGCCAAAGAAGCAAGUCAGCAGCACCCCAAGGGUGGAAAGGAAGGUGGGCAGGCACCGGGCCCGAGAGCAGCCCCUGCCACAGCGCAGCGACGGGGAGGAAGAGGAGGAGGAGGCUGCUUUGAGCCCAGAGCUAGACAGGGGCAUGGAGGCUGGGGAGUUCUGUGUGAGCAGGGCUGGAGCGGUGCUGGAGGAGCGUGAAGACCCCUGCAUCAUCAACACGGGUGACGUGUCCCUGAGCGAGCUGGUGAAGUCCAUGCACCCGUACUGCCUGCCCACCUUCACUGUGUGCCUGGGCCCUGAGACUGAGCCUGUGGCCAAGGAGCUCCUGAGCGGUCCUGUCUUGCUGGAAAUUGUGCCUGGUGAGGGGGAGAGCGUGGAGAUCCCGGUGGUCCUGCGGCCCUUGGCUCCCAGCUUCCCCAACCUGGAGCCCCAACUCCUGGAAGCAGAGGAGGGUACUGGGGAGUCAGUCCCAGAAGAUCGAGAGGAGCUGCCAGGAGCUCCACCCCAGGAAAAUGGGAUGGAGGAGAAGGUAGACAAGCUGCCUGUGAAGGAGCCCUCCUACACUGUCCCGGAGAGCACACCCCCGCCGGAGACAGCAGCACCCAGAGCCUGGAGCCCCAACAGCAGCUCCCAGCGCAGCGCGGAGGCCCUGGCUGGUGGCAAACGUGAGGGCUCUGAGAAGGGCCGCGGCCGUGAGGGAGCAAGGAAGAGUCGGAAAAAGAAAGGAGAGGAGGAGCAAAGCGAGCAGGCCAGGCCGGGCAGGGACUGUGUGGCCCACCGGCUCCGCUCGGCUGGCUCGGGGGAGCCCCCAAACCAGGCGCCCACCAGCCGGCGCCGGGCAGCGUGUCCCUCCGUCCAGGUCUCGGACUUCCUGGCGCGGCAGCUGGAGCGAGCUCGGAAGGAGGGGCAGAUGGAGCUGCGUGCCGAGCGGGCACCGCGGCCCCGGGGCAGGCCCCGGAGCACGACCGGGGCCUCCCCGCUCGAGAAAGCGCAGCGGGAGUUGCAGAAGGAGCCGACACUAGAAGCAGUGAGCACAGCCCCGGAGAAGGCUGAGACAGUGGUGGAGAAGAGCGCACCAAGCGCGGAGGAGCGGCCAGCGGCUCCGUGUCCUGGCCUUGCAGACCAGGCUGAGGGCCAGGGAGGUGGGCAGCCGGCUGCUGAACAGGGUGACGGGGUCCCGGAGGCUGUCUCUCCACUCCCGGAGCAAGGCGUGGGGCUGGAGCCCCCCCAGAGCCUGCCGGUGGCGGAACCAAGCGAGGGCCUGCUCAGGGAAGCCAAGCCCAAGGCCUUGAGCCUGCGGGAGUACCGCAUCCGCAUGCUGCACCGCCAGCCCAGCCAGGGUGGCAAGAGAGACGGCGAGAAGCAAGCGGCCAGCAAGUGGCCCAGCGUCCCCGAGCCUCCGACAGAGCUGGCGGAGAUCCCCUGCCUGGUGUCACCCGUGCGCCCUGCCACCGAGGCGGCCAGCGCUCAGAAGAGCCCGGAGAAACCCGCCAGCCCCGCUGCUGUCCCUUCUCCUGCCAGCAAAGCUGCCCCCGCUCUGGCUUCAGCUCCGGCACCCGCCGUGGCUCCGCCACCCCCAUCGACACCACUGCCUUUUGUCGCACCAAACGUGCCCCCAGCCGCUGGGGCAGCCCCCGCUGGGAUGCCGCCAGCCUCUGCCGGUGCUUACACCCUUUACCCACCAGUGCCUUCCUGGCCCUGCUUCAGCCCGCAGCCCGUGGGCUGCCGUGGUUUGCCCCCACCGCCCAGCGCCGGCUCCUCCGGUACUUUUCACAUGGUGCCUGGCCUCCCGCCUCCGGCCAUGGCCUGGCCCCCACUGGCCGUGCCGCCCCCGCCUCCGUUCGGCCCCGGUGGCCCCUAUGCCCCGCUGGGGUGGGCACCACCAUCUUACUGGCCAGGGAUCCCCAUGCCACCUCCGGUGCCUCCCCUGGCGUACGGGGACCCUGGAGCGGCCCUGCAGGGUGCUGCCGCCUUCCCGGCUGGCGGGCGCCCCGGCACGGCCCUCCUGCACGGGCAGCUGCCUGCCGCCCCCGCGCCCGGCUGCCCGGAGCCACUGGCCUUCCCCGCCCCGGCCAGCGAGAUGGGGGCUGCAGGUGGCCCGGCCAGGCCAGCGACCAGCAGGGUGUCGGACCCCAGGAGGCAGGCGCGGCUGGCAGGGGAGAGCUCUCUCCCCAAGGCCCCUCCAGCCCCUGCCCAGCCCCUGGCAGCCCCCUCAGCUGCUGCCGAGCCUGGCAGAGUCCCUCCUGCGGCGCCGGCCCAGCACACAGCAGCCCCUCCGGCUGCCCCCACCCAGCCUCCGGAGGAGCCCCAGGCUGCAACUCCCACCCCGCUCUCAAAGGUCCCCCCAGCUGCCGUCUGUUGUCCUGCGGAGGUGUCACCUGCCACUGGUCCUGUUGGAGAGUCCUCUGGCACCCACCCCACGGAAGAGGCUGCGCCCCCAAUCAAGGGGGCAGUGGAGAAAGCCCUGCCGGAGCCCAAGGCAGCUGCUGGGCAGGAGCCGCCUGGCCAAAAAUCCACCUCCCAGGCUGCAGCAGCACCACCACCACCAAAAGCGGGUCGAGAGAGCAGCCUGCCCACCAAGGCACCCGCCGCACGGCUGUGGAGGCACCAGCCGCUCCUCAGCCCGGCGCAGCCCAGCGACAGCAGCAAGGACAUCGUGCAAGCCUUCAUCAGCGAGAUCGGGAUUGAAGCCACCGACCUGUCCAGCCUGCUGGAGCAGUUUGAGAAGUCUGAGGCCAAGAAGCAGGAGGCUCCCGUGCAGCCCCCUGAGGACAGGCGGCCGGCGGGGAGCUCCGGGCCUGAGACCCAGCAGGACAGGAAGCCCCCGGAUGGCCUGCAGGCCUCUGAGCUGGCCAAUGUGGCAGGCCUCACCCCCCCAGCGACACCCCCCCACCAGCUCUGGAAGCCGUUGCCCGCCGUCUCGCUGCUGGCCAAGGCCAAGUCGCCCGGGGCCGUGCCCCAGGAAGGGCCCCAGAAGGCGGCCAAGCUGAUGAAAGCCAAGCCGCUGCCCCCAGGCAAGCUCCCGGGGAAGAGCCUGGUGCCAGCCCCCAGCCACGUCUGCUCGGGAGACCACGACUACUGCAUCCCGGGUGCGGUGCAGCCGGAGAGCAACGGCAGCCCUGGCACGCAGCCCCCUGCCGAGGGUGGCUCCCGCUGGAACGUCAAACACCACCGGGACAUCACUAUCAAACCCAUCUCCUCCUUAACCAAACGGACGCUGGACCAGCCCAAGCCCGCUCCGCCAGCUCCCACCACCACCGUGGGGCCCAGCCAGGAGCCUCUGGAGACGGCCUGCCUUGCCCCCCUGGAUUAUCGGACUAGCGUCCCCAGCAAGGCCACUGCUGAGUGCAGCAGCCCCCCCACCUCGGUGCUCCUGUCUCCAGCUGCAUCGCCCUGCCGGGACCAGGAGAUGCGGACUCCCAGUGCCCAGCCCAGCCGUGCUGCUGCCAAGAGGUCCUUGCGCUGUUACCGGAGAGCCCGGGACUCGCCCAGCCCCUCUGCCGGCAGCUGGAGGGCUGGCCGGAGCCGUGCCAGCCGCUCUUUCAGCUCCAGUUCGGAUGGAGCUAGCGAGUCCUCAUCUUCAUCUUCGUCCUCGUCCUCCCGAUCCCGGUCACGGUCGUUCUCCCCGCCGCCCAAGCGGUGGCGAAGGUACCGCUCAAGACGUUCCCACAGCUCCUCCUCCCACUCCAGCUGUGGGUCAUGUGGCAGGUCCCGGGACAGGUCCUCAUCCUCAUCAUCAACAUCCUCCUACUCGUCCAGGUCCACAUCCCGCAGCCAGUCCCGCUCCCCCUCACCCUGCAGGAGGAGUAACAGGCGGAGAAGAUACAGUUACGACGCACAGGACCACUACCAAAGGCAGAGGAUCCUCCAGAAGGAACGUGCAAUAGAGGAGCGGCGAGUUGUGUUUAUUGGCAAGAUCCCCAGCAGGAUGACACGGUCGGAGCUGCGGCACCGCUUCUCUGUGUUUGGGGACAUCGAGGAGUGCACCCUGCAUUUCCGCUCCGAGGGGGACAACUAUGGCUUUGUCACCUACCGCUACGCCGAGGAAGCCUUUGCUGCCAUCGAGAGCGGGCACAAGCUGCGGCGCCCGGACGAGCAGCCCUUCGACCUGUGCUUCGGCGGCCGCCGGCAGUUCUGCAGGAGGAACUAUGCUGAUUUGGACUCAAAUCGGGAGGAUUUCGACCCAGCCCCUGUCAAGAGCAAGUUCGACUCCCUGGACUUCGACACGCUGCUGCGGCAGGCGCAGCGCAGCCUGCGGAGGUAGCGGCAGGCGAGGCGGAGCGCCCGCCCCCACUUUUAUACACAAAUACAAAAGACAAAAAAAUUAUGGAGAGAGAUGGGGUUUUUAAGAAAAAGAAAAAGGAAAAAAAGAAAUUUGUUUUAUAACCAAUAUUUAAGGAGGACGGGUCAUUUGCCUUUGACUGGAGGGGCCCAGGCGAGUGGCAGCCCCAGGCUUGCCCCAGCCAUGUAAUAAAUGCGGAUGCCCAAACAGCA